UUGCUCAGAACUCAAACUCUUGAGCGAGCUCUUAACCAACUGAGCCACUCAGCCGACCCUCAAAUGGGAAUUUUGGCAUCAUCCUAGGUAACCACCAUUCUGCAAAUAUCUUUGAGGCCUACCUAUUGUGGUUGCAGGGCUAAAGAAGACACGGUCCCCUCGGUCCCCUGUCGUAUUGCAGGCAAGUAACAGAUGAUUACAAAGCAGAUUUUUGCCUCUGGACCUUUGCUUAUGCAGUUUCCUCUGCUCCCCUAUUCACCUUCCAUUGUCACCUCUGUGAAGCUGACCCCAGACCCAACCGAAUGUGUCUUCUGCUCUCAGGGCGUUUUCUGUAUGUGACUUAACCACAUAGUAUCACACCAGGUUGAUUGGGUCUUUGUUUUCCUCCCCUACUAGACCGCUAGCUCUCAUUUGACCGCUAGCUCUCAUUUGUGGUACGUUUUUCUCAGCUCAUCUCCAAGCCUCAAAAGGAGCACAGCCGCGGAGCCCUUAGUAAAUCCGCAAUGAACCAAUCAAUGCAAGAAUGAACGUGCAACCCAGUCUUGCAGGCUUGCAAAGUGCUUCUCGAAGUUGAUCUUGCUUUCCGUGCCCAAGGCAGCUGAGGUGAACUGCAGGGUACAGGUCAGGAGUUGGGAGUGGGGGGGCGUCGGAGGUGAACAGAAGGAGAACGUGAGACAGAGCCCCACUGCUUUCCUACUGCCCACGUCCGGUGAGCUACAACGGACUGGACUGCGGGCAACUGCUUAACCUCCCGGAAGUGGCUCCUCUCCCCGCCUCUCCGGGGGUGGGCGUGGUCGCUCAUGAAUAAUGAAUCACCACGGGGGGGAGGGGCCGGGCCCGCCCCCUCGGGCGGGAAGGGGGAAGCGCUGAGGCUGCCUGACUGGAAUGAGGGUAGCUGCGGCGACUGCGGCGGCGGGAGCGGGGCCGGCCAUGGCGGUGUGGACGCGGGCCACCAAAGCGGGGCUGGUGGAGCUGCUUCUGAGGGAGCGCUGGGUCCGUGUGGUGGCCGAACUGAGCGGGGAGAGCCUGAGCCUGACGGGCGACGCUGCGGCGGCUGAGGCCGAGCCCACUCUCGGGCCGGCGGCGGCCGCCUUCAACGGCCUCCCGAACGGCGGCGGCGCCGGAGACUCGCUGCCCGGGAGCCCGAGCCGCGGCCUGGGUCCCCCAAGCCCGCCCGCGCCGCCGCGGGGCCCGGCAAGCGAGGCGGGAGCGUCGCCGCCCGUGCGCCGGGUGCGGGUGGUGAAGCAGGAGGAGCACCGUUUAGUGGUGGAAUGUCCUCUUCCUCCUCUAUACUCAAUGCCCUUGGUGAUGGUGCUGGAAGUCUUCUCUUUGGCCCUCGAGGUCCACUCCUUCUCCACCUGCUUCUGUCCCAGGAGGCUGACCUGCGUGGACUGCAUCACCAAGCUUACUCGCCCUUUGGCUUUUAUUGAGUUUGGCCCAUGUGGAGCUCCCAACAGGAUGCUGGAGGAAAAGAGGGAGGAGAUCAAGUUUAUCCGAGAAGUAACACCAUAUAUCAAGAAGCCAUCAUUAGUAUCAGAUCUGCCAUGGGAAGGUGCAGCUCCCCAGUCACCAAGCUUUAGUGGCAGCGAGGACUCUGGUUCUCCAAAACACCAAAACAGCACCAAGGACAGGAAGGUCAUCCCUCUCAAAAUGUGCUUUGCUGCUAGAAACCUAAGCAUGCCGGAUCUGGAGAACAGAUUGAUAGAGCUACAUUCUCCUGAUAGCAGGAACACAUUGAUCCUACGCUGCAAGGACACAGCCACAGCACACUCCUGGUUUGUAGCUAUCCACACCAACAUAAUGGCUCUCCUCCCACAGGUGUUGGCUGAACUCAAUGCCAUGCUUGGUGCAACUAGUACAGCAGGAGGCAGCAAGGAGGUCAAGCACAUUGCCUGGCUGGCAGAACAGGCAAAACUAGAUGGUGGAAGACAACAAUGGAGACCUGUUCUCAUGGCUGUGACUGAAAAGGAUUUGCUGCUUUAUGACUGUAUGCCAUGGACAAGGGAUGCCUGGGCAUCACCAUGUCACAGCUACCCUCUUGUUGCCACAAGGUUGGUUCAUUCUGGCUCUGGAUGUCGAUCACCCUCACUUGGAUCUGACCUUACAUUUGCUACCAGGACAGGGUCUCGGCAAGGCAUCGAGAUGCAUCUCUUCAGGGUGGAAACACAUCGGGAUCUGUCCACCUGGACCAGGGUACUUGUUCAGGGCUGCCAUGCUGCUGCUGAGCUGAUCAAGGAAGUGUCUCUAGGCUGCACUUUAAAUGGCCAAGAGAUAAGACUCACUAUCCACUAUGAAAAUGGGUUCACUCUCUCCAGGGAAAAUGGAAGUUCUAGCAGCAUCUUGUACCGCUACCCCUUUGAAAGGCUGAAAAUGUCUGCUGAUGAUGGCAUCAGAAAUCUGUAUCUGGAUUUUGGUGGUCCUGAGGGAGAACUGACCAUGGACCUGCACUCUUGUCCGAAGCCAAUUGUAUUCGUGUUACACACUUUCUUGUCGGCCAAAGUCACUCGCAUGGGACUGCUUGUAUAAGCAGCAGAAAAAUCAGAAAAGAGCCUUGAAUGUCACAUGAAGUAUUUCCACCUCAAAAAAAAAAAAAGAAGCACAAAAAGAAAGCUCUUUGCUCUCUCCUCCAGCACAGUGCCUUGACAAGGACCUGCAAAUCACUGCUGCCCCGUAACCAUGUUUAAAGAAGAGCCUGCCUUUCACAAGCUAUCUUGGCCAGAAGUUCUAGGACUCUAAUAAGCUCCAAAAUGAAGCUGUCGAUGUAUUGUCUAGUUUCCUAAUGUGGUUUCUAUGUAAUUCGGUUUAUUCCUCUUGUUAAGAAGGGUGGCUCGUUGCUUUUCUUUUUGGACAUAGUCAAAUGUCCAAGAGUUGUUUUCUUUGUCUUCUUCCUAUAGGGUUUAUUUCAGACUUAGCCUUGAUCUCUUGCGUAGGACGACUAUCUCUUCCCAGGUGCUACUUUACAGCAGCCUGUGCUUCUUGGUCAUUCCAAAUAGGUUGUACAUUUUGUUGCAUUUACUGUGCUCACUUGCUCCUUCUACCCUAGGAAGCACCACCAAAGCGUUCUUCCAUCUGUCCUGGCUCUCGCUGCAUUCCCACCCACCCCCAACCCCCCACCAUCACAAGUGCUACCUUUAGGACGUAGAACUUGCAAAAUUUGAUUUGCCUUGCCUUCCACUCCCUUUCUAGUGGUGACCAAGUUGAAAAGCAAGUUGGAAACCACCGCUUUGAAAGAAAAGUUGUGCUGGUUUUAGGGUUUUCUGAUUUUAUCUUUGGUCGGAGCCAGGGGAUGUUGUAAGAUUUAUUUUAAGAGAAAAUCCUCAUUUUAGCCUAAGCCAUUUUUUACUGCUUACCAAAUGUGCCUUUGGUUAGGGUUAGUGGAGCUUUACUGGUCACUCUUCGAAUAACUGGACAUCACUGCCAUUCCAGGAAGAUCAUCUAUCCUAGUUUGGAAGAAUAGUCUUUGAGGUGGAGUCCCUUAGUGGUAUCUUUUCUAGUGGGCAGAUACCCUUGAGGAAGAUAAAUCCUGGACAGCAAGCUUGUCUAGAGUAGAAUUUGUGGGUGAAGCUAGCUUUGCAGCACCAACAACACGUCGAGUUGCUUUUGGCUCUGUACCCACGUAGGAUCCUGGGCCUGGCCCUCUCCCUCUGUGGCAUCAGAGUGGCAUGGACAAGCAGCUGCUAAUUCAAGACUCAGUAUUGGCUUAGAGUUGCAUCCUACAGUGCGAAGGGUGAUGAGACCAUGAGACAGCUUACUUGGGUUUUGCUAAGCAUUGCCAGAUGUCAUCAUUAGGUCAUAGUAGCAGUAAGUUUGCUGAUUUUGUGGUGCCAGAGGACACAUUCAGCUUGUUAUUUCUAAUUAUGAAGGAGGUAUAUAUCUGAAACCAUUUAAAAUAGCAUAAUAGCUAUAUAAAAUGUCAAGAGUAGCACAGUCCCUGGAACUGAAAGGAAAGGUACUAUUGACUUGUAUGUUCUCUGCGCUCUCUGAAGAAAGGUCUAGGAAUAGGUCUCAUUUACUAGAUUCAUCAGGAGGGCCAUAAGAGGAUGUGAACACUACAGAGGGUGGAAGAGGGUAGCACUCCAAAUAGGAAAAGAAAACACAACAAUACAUGCAAAACUUGAGCUAUUUGGUUUGAACGCAGACUGACAUGGUAUAUGUGGGACCUGUGACAGAGCAGACCCAUGAGCAGAGAGUUCAAGUUAGACAUUGUAACCCCAUUGUCUUCCCUCUGGCCAUCAGUCAGUCCUUGGCCGUGUACAGUGAGGUUAACCAUAUGCAGAGGCUAGCGAGAGGUGUCUCUGUUCACCCUAGCUCCAGCCCCCAAAAAUGAGUUGUCGAUCUGCUUAAAACUGGAUAUUGAAGUCUAGACUAGAAUAUGCCUUUCAAGAGCUUUUAUGAUUUGAAAAUUCAUAUACCUAAAUUUGGUUCUGUCUAGAAAAGGUUGCAAGUCACGGAAGAAAAAAAAACAUCUUGAAGGUUCAGCUCUGAUUUCUGGAAGAAGAAUCUCAACACAUAACACCCUCAGAUAAGGGACUUCGACACUCUGCAGUGAGAGUAUUAUUAAUCUGAGAAGUUGAAUGAUGCAGACACAGACGUUUGCAGCAAAGCCAUCUGGUUGAGGUUGUCUGUGUUAGUGUGAAAGGCUACGCCACUGAAAAGAUUUUCAGGGGGAACUCUGAACCCCCUCAUUUGUUAUAUGAAAAAGAUCUGUAAACAAGGUGUGAUUAAAAUGUGGGCGGGAGAGAUAAGGCAUGUGUGCAUUUCAGCUCACUUUGCUCAAGCUUAAACUGUCAUGUAUAGCACCAAGGUCAUAGGGUUUUUAAUAUCUUCUGAGCUUUGAUGUGAAAUGAAAUUGUAUGAGAGGUUUCCUUUGACCACUGACACCCCCAAGAACAAGAGCCCUUAAGCUGCUCGUUUAACAUGCUUCAAGAGCUUUCCAAUCAUGGGUGACCAGGUUGUUCUUCAGUUAAUGUGUUUGUGGGAUUUUCAAACCACAAAUGAAGUACUUUUUAUAAAUGAGACAGCCUUGAUAAAUACGUACAUAUUUUCAGUCCAUGGUUGGGAAUCUGCGUUUGAUGAGGGCUGACUGUAUGCAUUGCUCUGCACCGUUUUGCAUAAGGGACUUGAGCAUCCGUGGAUUUUGGUAUCUCGGGGGAUUCCUGGAGCCAAUCUCCCAUGGACACCAAGGGAUGACUGUAGUUAAGUUUUGGGGGAGUCAGAAGUUAAACAGAUUUUCAACUGUGCAGGGAGUCGACAGCCUUUGUCCCCACGUUGUUCAAGGGUCAACUUGUAUUUUGUAUUUAGAUGCCAAAAUGUGGCAAAUUAUUUUCAAGUGACAACUAAAAAUAGGCAUUUUUGAUAUUUUACAUCUUUUAUAGAACAGUUAACUUUUCAUUUCUUUUUCAUUUUGAAUUAGGAAAAUGGUUGAGAGUGUUGUGGGCUUCCAUGUGUAGAAUGUAAAGGAAUUGCAGAGUAGUGUCCCCCUCAUUUCGUGGACCACUUCCUGUGCCCCGAGACCUGGGGCUCAGACAUCUUCUCCAUAUUCCACACAGAUGCCUCUAAAAGAAAAGGCUCAGUUAUUAUUUUCUGAAAAAGGUAAGUCCUUUCCUGAAGUCAUCAAAUGAACCUUACCUAGAAAUUAGUAUCUAAUAUUUUAUAUGAAGAAAUACUUUAAUGUAUGUUUAUACAGUAUUUAUUAGAUAGUUGUAACUGUAAACUCACCUACCUAGUAGACAGAGUUUCAGGUUAAAUAUUGGGACAUGUACAGGCAAUCAAAAAUAUUACUUUAAAUGUCAUUCACCUAUUUUAAAGCCAUGUAUUAGCACUUUCUAGGCUAGGUAAACCCUGAUAGUGCCUGUUUUUAUCAUCGGUAGUCUCACAGACGUUAUUGAGAAUUAUUGCAUGGAGGAGAGAUUGAAUUAUUUAUUUCUUAUAUUUUUAUAAGUGGAAAAAUCUCUCUAACCAACAAAUGAUUAAAGUUGUUACUGAUUAUUUGUUUUCUUAACUUGUCCUCCUAAGCAGAAUGGUAACAAAGCUUUCUUUUAAAAGCUGAUUAAAUGCACUUAGCUAAUAAACCAAAAUUUAUUCUUUCAAAAAAAAAUUAAGCUGUGUGGAAUCUGGACAAGAUUAUGUUUCACCCCACAAAAAAACAAGUUUCACUGUAAAUGGUUUUGAUGGACAAAAGUGUGACCACUUUUGAGAAAAGGUUAUGAUUGAAUUUUUUUUUUAAUUUUGUGAGAAUCUCCAGGUCUUCUUAUUUAAUUUAUAUGCAUGUGGAUAUAUUUGUAUGUUUUCAGAAACAUGGAAGAAUCUCCAUAUUUUUUAAAGCAAAUUAUCUUGUAAGCUGCUAUGCAAAUUCUAUUAAAAGCCCUCCCUACCUAAAGAGUUAAACCUUUUUGAAGCUUUCAGGGAAGACCUGUAGACUUAAGCACUUUCUCUGCUUUUUUGUAUCUUAUCUUGGACACUUAGGCUGAAUUAUGUUAUUUUCACUGGUUAUAAGCUAUUGAUUGUACAUAAUAUUUAAACCAUCCAAAUAUCCAGCAUACAUUUCCAUGUCACUGCCAUCCACUGUUGAUACCAUAAAUGAAAUGGCUGGUUAGAAAGCCAAAGGUUGUAUUUUUUCAAUCCCUAAUGAAGAAGUAAAAUGCCAGAUUUCUUUGUUCUCAACAACAUAGUGUUCUGGUUUGAUUUGAAUAUCUGUGUGAGAAAAGAGACUUAUUUAAAUUGGGGGUGCUGCUUAAACUUUAAACUUUAAGUUGAAUUUGACUAUAGUCAUAUUCAUUCUGUUUAUGUAUCUUUAUCAGGUAUAUUAUGUGUCAGGUGGUAUUAUAUUCUACCUUGAGUUUGGAAAUUUCUUUUAGUUAAAUUUGAGUUAUAGUGGCUUCUUGAAGAUGAAAGCAAAGGAAUUUGCCAUCUGCUACCAUUCUCUCUCUGCGUCUCUAUUUUAAUUGCUUGGAAAUCUAGAAUUAUUUUGACUUUCUACAUAUCAUCUUUAAAAAUUGACAGCAGCAGUCUUCCCCUCUCCCCUUUUUAUGCUAUAUCUUUCACUGUGGUGGUUAUAUAGACACUUGAGAAAUGUGUGAUGAUCUAAAAUAAUUAUGCUUUAUAUCAGGAUUAUGUUUUCUUGAGCAAUAUAGCAAUUCCUAUGGUAUAAUGAUAUUAAAUGAAACUUAUUUUAUACUUGUAAUAGACUGCUUAAGUAGAUGAUAUGAAACCCUUUUUCUAAAAAAAAAAAACCCAUCUGGCAGUUAAAUGAUACAAGUUCAUCCUAUUAAAGGACUGAAUUUCAAGUUAAGGUAAGGUACAAUAAAUAGGCACAUAGAGCACAUCUAUUUCCUUGUCUCUUUGACACUAGCUAAACUGCCAACUGGAAGAAUGAUUGUUAUAUAUUAACUUGAAAAAAUAUUUUAACAAGAUUUCUUCUCUUGUUUCAAAACUGAUAAACUUGAACUUAAUUUCUUGCCAUUUCUUAUUCUUCCUUUCCACUUCAGGUGACUGACCCAAAACAUAUUCUGGUUUUUAAAAUGAAUCUACAUUUGGGGUAAAUAUGCCAUUUGCAAUUGAUUGCUUGCUCUCCAAUGAACAUUUGGUUAUAUUCCACAAAAAUCUACCAUAUGAACUGUAACCCUUGAAUUGCCCCAAAAUAGUUUGAAACUAAAAAGCUGUAACAGAGAAACGAUACUUCAUUAUAUUGCAAGAUUAGGUAUCCUGAUAGAUUCUAACUGCUGAGUCCUCGACCUACCUUACUCAGUUUUGUAGUAAUCUUAACCUCCAUCCCAUUGACACAAAUGCUUUUUAGUUUUUGAGUCCCUCUUUAUCCCAGUCACAUAUACACCCUUGGAACCUGAUCCUUCUAUCACCUCUUCCAAAGUGAUGGAAACCUAUUAUGAAUAGACAAAGGGUUCUUUGGAGGCUUGGAGAAAUUUUGAAAUUGCAGGACUAAUUAAUGAUAAAUUAAUUCUUACAGUCUUUCAUCAAAUAAGCAUUUAUUCAUGUACAGUUCUUCACAGGCACUCUGAAGGGUCCAAAAGAAAGUUCCUGCCCUCAAGUAGCACAUAAUCCAUUACUUCUCAGUCAUGCCAUGCCAUCUAUCAAUCAGAGGUUAAGUAAGUAACCACUUCAUAUUUUUACCAAAGAACAUCUGAAGCUCUGCUCAUCUGGUGAACUGGAAAAUGUUUCAAAGCAUGCUCCGUCUUUGGUCCAUGCUAGCGUGAAAGAACUCCAAGCACACGUAAAAGUAGAUUGGUCUUUUCAUCAUGCAUAAUUUUUUAAAUGCAAAAUUAAGACUUUAGUUUAGGAAGGAGAACAGUGUAGAAUAUCCUUAGUUAAGAUAACAACAAUUAUGCUCUAUUGCCCAAAAUUGAUCAAUGGGAAAGUCUUUUUAAAGAAAUGCCACUUUUAACUAAACAGCAAAGCUAAAUGUGUACUUCAUCUACCCCCUCCCCCCCACCACCCCCAUUUCUAAAUUGUGCUGACCCAUUCAUUUCCACACUUAAACCCUUUAAACAUCUCAUUUGCUGGAAAUCCUUACACAUAAUAGAUGGAGUGUUUCUUCAUAAUGAGAGAUCAAAUGAAGAUAUUUAAAACUUAGCAAAAUUCCACUAUUCCAGAACACUGUGACAUUCAAACUCAGUAAAAAAGGCAUCUAAAGAAACUGAGAGGUUGAUUGAAUUUUUCCAUAAUUUUCAUACAGGAACAGUCCUUUUCUAUCCAGCUUGCCUUCCAUUUAUCACUAGGGUCAGCCUUUCAGGUAACAUCCUUCAUCAUGCCCAGAAAGUACCUGAGCUAUGUGAUUGGAAUGGCAGAGGGAACAUAGUCUCAUGGGCACCUUUCCCUUUGUUUUCAAGUGUCCUGGAGCUGUGCACCGAAGUUAGGUCAUGUCUCCAGUGUCUUGGUCUUCACUUUAGACCUACCCUUUGACAAUCAGGUGCUAAUGAUUACAUAUGGGAACCAGCACAUAAGGAUUGUCAUGUAAGUGUCUGUUCCUCUUAGGUUGGAAAAAGUGCUCUCCUUUUAUCUCAGUCCUGUUCAAGUGGGUGUCAGUUCAUUUUUUUUGCCUCUAUUUUGUAAAUUAAUAGAAUUUGGAGGAGAGGAGAGAAUUAAAACUAAGCUUUGGGUUUGACAUCAAUCUUGAUGAUGCUUUUCACAACUUACAGCAAAUCUGCCCUUAUCAUAAGACCAGUUUCAUUUUUUCCCCCUCCAUUAUAGGACGCCAGUGUUACGUUUACAAUCUGUUGAAUGGGUUCAGCAUGGUAAGACCUUGGUGCCCAAAGAAUUGUUUCCCUUUUGGUAUCAGACCCAAGGUCUUUUAGAAGACAACGUGGCAAACCACUACCUAUGAAGGCCUAUUCUGGCUAAUCUGUGCAAACUCUGAUUAUACCCACUUGUUUGUCUGUCCCAUGCAGUUUUCAUUUUUGUUAGGUUUUAAGACUUAGAAAGCUAGAAUAAUACUUCUACAAAGAAUUAAAAGUAUGUGACAUUCUGGUUUUUUCUUCGUUUUAGAACCUGGUAUUUAAACAAAAUUUUAAGUGUUGUUUAAAAUUUAAGUUUCAAAUCUUCUGGCAUCACCAGACUACCAAAUCAAAACCCAUGGCAUAAAACAGGGCAGUACUUGUGUUCUUAAAAAAAAAGCUUUAUGUAUGUGUACUCUAUAAAUACAAAUGCAUAGACAACACUUUCCCUUGAGUUGCAUGUCAACAUAUAGCAUUGUAUAUUACAAUGAAAAUUUGUAACUUAAGGGUAUUAUAUAUAAAUACAUAUAUACCUUUGUAACCUUUAUACUGUAAAUAAAAAAAUUGCUUUUAGACUUGCA